AUGAAAAUUCUGAGCGACUUGCGAGCUGUGACCAGGAUCACCCAGCUGGGUGGAAUAAUGCCCAUAUUCUAUGGGAAUGAUCUUGAGAAUUUUAGGAUAGGCGUAGGCGGCAGGCUCUAUGGACAAGCAGUGGCUUUGGUAUUGGUCGUAGCCACUGUGUUCAUUGGCGAGGAUGUGCUCUUCUCUGCGCAGGAGUACAAGAUAAUGAGGCACUUGCAAGGCGACACGGAGGAUAUUAAUCGCACCAUUGAGACGCUGUUCUGCAUUUGGAGUUACACCUCAGUGGUGCUGGCCUUUGUGUUGAAUAGUGCCAAACAUUAUCGCACACUGCGUGAUGUGGCCAAGCUGGAUGAGUAUCUGCAGUUGCAUGGCUUCCAAGAGAACUACAGCUGCCGCUUUCUGAGCUUCGGACUCUCCAUAAUCUCCGCCAGCGUCGUCAUUGUGGCAUACUACUAUGUGCACUAUCGCAGCGACAUUAACGGUGCGAGGGAGUGCAUCCUUCUAAGCAUUUAUGCACUGCAGAUGUUCUACUCCUGUAUGUUUGCCAUCUAUCUGCGCUGCAUACUCAAGUGUCUAACUCAGCGCAUUGCGUUUCUCAAUCAGCGCUUGGAUAACUUUACGCGCCAGGAGAAACUCGUCUAUGACAAGGAGGACUGGCGUGAGCUAAGCAAUCUCAUUGAGACCUUUUGCAAAUUUCGCUAUGUCACCGAGAAUCUCAAUUCGGUCACGGGCGUCGCAUUACUUUUCUACUUUGGAUUCGCCUUCUACACGGUCACCAAUCAAAGCUAUCUGGCCUUUUCUACGCUCACCACCCCCAUGCAGCUGCGCUCCGAAUACGACACCAUGGGCUUGUCCUUAGCCUGGGUGCUGGCAGAGACAGCUACAAUGGCAGUGAUUUGCAGCUCCUUCGAUUGCCUGUCCUCUGAGGCGAAUGAAACUUCUCAGAUAUUGGCACGCGUCUAUGGCAAAAGCAAGGAGUUUCAGAAUAUUAUUGAUAAAUUCCUAACCAAAAGCAUUAAGCAGGAAGUGCAAUUUACCGCCUACGGUUUCUUUGCCAUAGACAAUUCGACGCUUUUUAAGAUCUUUUCAGCUGUCACCACAUAUUUGGUUAUCCUUAUACAAUUUAAACAAUUGGAAGACUCCAAGCUGGAUGAUCAAACAGGCACCCAAGCUAAUUAA